AUUUCUUCUCCUUUUUCAGAACAGUUAGAGAUAGAAAUGAAGCACCAUACGGGAUCAAAAAUACAAAUCCAGUAUUCUCUGUUUGUGGGCGACGAGAAAGAUAUCAUUCAUACCAUCCAUUUGAAAGUGCCCUCGACUUUCACAGCUUUCCAAGUGAUGCAGUCAGCAGAAACGGAAGAUCCUAAGUACAAAUUCCAAUGGAAAAAAGUCUUUGAUAAAAUAGAUGUGUACAAAGUUGCUCAAAUAUCGAAUGAUCCCGAAAUUGGAAAAUUUUGGCUGUUGUUUCAUGGGACAGGAAAAACAGAUGUUCUCAAUCAUUCUUUUACAAGUCCAGAUAAACUCAAACUGGAAGAGGGUAGUCAUCUUGUUCUAUGGUAUAAAAGUGUAGAUGUCUGAUGCAAAUCUGCUACAGCACAGAAAAAUAUUUUUCUAGGAUUGCACAGUAAAAAAAAAAUCACAGCAAAAGGAAGACAAUAAUGUUGUGAAUUGGUUUUGUCUUCUAAAAUUAGCAAUAAAUUUGUUCUGAAACUAAAUAAUCUUUUGUAAGUUUAUUGUUAGUAAAGAAAUUUUCAAUCAA